GGGCGGUGGGAGGAGGGGGGUGGCGUGUGCCGACAAAGGACCCAGCGAGGACACAUGCAGGACCAAACUUCCCAAGUCUCCCGUGCAGUCCGGAAGCCUGUGCCGGCUCUGUGAUGACUGUGACAUACACAAAUCGAGUAGCUGAUGCCCGCCUGGGCACCUUCUCGCAGCUCCUGCUCCGAUGGAAAGGGAGUAUCUACAAACUCCUCUACUGUGAGUUCUUCAUCUUCAUCACUCUCUACUUCAGCAUCAGCCUCACUUACAGGCUGAUCCUGAAUGCAAGCCAAAGGCUGAUGUUUGAGAAGCUGGCUCUGUAUUGCAACAACUAUGCUGAGCUGAUCCCUGUGUCCUUCGUGCUGGGUUUCUACGUGGCCCUAGUAGUAUCUCGCUGGUGGGGUCAGUACGAGAGCAUCCCAUGGCCCGAUCGCAUCAUGAACCUGGUCUCCAGUAAUGUGGAUGGACAGGACGAGUAUGGGCGCCUCUUGCGGCGCACCCUGAUGCGCUACAGCAACCUUUGCAGUGUGCUGAUCCUCCGCUCCGUCAGCACCGCCGUCUACAAGCGCUUCCCCAGCACGGAGCACAUAGUGCGAGCAGGCCUCAUGACCCCAGAAGAGCACAAGAAGUUUGAGAGCCUGAACUCUCCCCACAACAAGUUCUGGAUCCCCUGCGUGUGGUUCUCAAACCUGGCAGUGAAGGCGCGGAACGAGGGCAGGAUCCGGGAUAGCGUGCUGCUCCAGGGCAUCCUGAACGAACUAAACACCUUGCGUAGUCAGUGUGGGCGACUCUAUGGGUAUGACUGGAUCAGCAUCCCACUGGUCUACACUCAGGUGGUCACGGUGGCCGUUUACAGCUUCUUCCUGGCCUGCCUGAUCGGCCGGCAGUUCUUGGACCCAGCGAAGGGGUAUCCUGGCCAUGAGCUGGAUCUCUUUGUGCCUGUCUUCACUCUCCUGCAGUUCUUCUUCUACGCUGGCUGGUUAAAGGUGGCUGAACAGCUCAUCAACCCAUUCGGAGAGGAUGAUGAUGAUUUUGAAACCAACUGGCUCAUCGACAGGAAUCUGCAGGUCUCCCUUCUCGCUGUGGAUGACAUGCACCAGGAUCUGCCCCUUAUGGAGAAGGACCUGUACUGGAACGAGUCCUACCCCCAACCACCCUACACCGCAGCCACUGCUGAGUAUAAGCGGACAUCAUUUCUUGGCUCGACCUUUGACAUUAGCAUGCAGAAAGAAGAGAUGGAAUUCCAGCCGCUGGAGCAAAUUAAAGAGAACGAGGAGGCAAACCACUCUACGCCACUGCUGGGACAUCUGGGCCGCCUGCUGGGGGUCCAGUCACCGAGUUUCUCCAGGUCAUCCUCCCGGAUGAACCUGCCACGCAAGAGGAAUGACCCCUUGUCCCCCUUCCCUCAUUACUUGUACCAGGAUGUAGGGAAAGCUGAAAGCCCCUGCAGUGCCAAUCAGCAAAGGGGAGAUUCCUCCCACCCAGGCUCCAGUUCACAGGAGCAAUGGGACAAUGAAGAUAGAAAACUGAGAGAGUUUGAUGCCUUCGUGUCAACACCCUUCUAUGAGAGACCUGGCUUUUAUAGUGCUCCACAGACACCAAUCAGCUCCAUCCCUAUGAUCUUCCCAUCCAGGCGCCCAGGACGCAAGAAGCCCCCUGCUCUCUCCAGCAUCAUGGCCUGUUCGACUUCAAUGAGAGACAACUUUGCCAACCUGUCACCUUCCAGGGCUAGUGAUGUGGACAAAAGCCAGAGCUCCCUUGGGUCUGCAGUUAAGGAAACUUUUGUUUGGCCAGGAGAGCGAGACAAAGCCCCAGACUCCCUGGUGGUGACAGUAGAGGAAGGAGAGAAUAACACGUUAAACAAUAAAACGAAUGAGAUUGCCCCUGUUAGGAGUCCAGGGCCUCAAUCUAUAGUAUCGGAAAGCCCCAAGUUUUCCUUCCUAGCAGAGUCCCCAGACCAUGAAAAACAAGGUAGCUUCAAGAGCUUGAAGAGUCUGAAAGGCCGCCGACAUCCCUGGCUAACUCUGGAGAACAUGACACCAGCAGCCACCCCAAACUCAGAUAAUCCCAGCAACUUUCAUACCCCCAGCAUGAGAACCCCUGGUAGCAGUGGGCCCCUCUUCUUUUCAUUCACCCCCGUGACCUCCCCAGUGCUGGAGAGGUCACGCUUAGGGAACUCAGCCACUGUUCCUAGUCCAAGCUCAGAUGAUGCAUCUAGUGCCCUAGUACAGGCUUCCAUAGAGGUUUCUGGGACUGGAAGAGAGACAGGAAAUGGAAAUGCUAGUGCUCAUCACACUGAGGAACAGAGGAGAGCAGAGAGUCCCUCACCUAAUGACUCCGGUAUCUCCUUAGCAGAGGGUGACUACGUGGGGCUGAUGGAGGUGAUCAUGGAAGCCAGUGAGAAUGUGUCUGAUGAAGUGGAUAGAUACAGCUAAAUGAAGAGACCAAUUGAUUCCUUCUGACUGCUGAGAUACCCUCCUAUUAAGGAUACUGCAGUGUCUUUACACCAAAUGAUAUUGGUGCUCAAGAUGCAUAAAGCUUCUACAAAGAGGCAAUACAACCAUACCAGCCAUGUACUGCCAAAGGGUGGGGCUUCAGUACCUGAUGGAUGAUGGCAUGAACUUGUUCCCAGGGCCAGUUUACUAGCAAUGAACCUCAUGCACUAGAGUGUACAAGAACAGUUCAUGGUACUUCAGUGUCACACCUGUGGGAAUACCUAUACAA